ACCAUGUAACAUCACUCCUGAGGCCCUAGAUGAUAACUUAGACCUAGUUUUAUGGUAUACAGACAAAUCUCCUUCACCUUUUUAUAGUCUUGAUGCCAGACACGGAAGUGUACAUUCGGGGAGACAUUGGAAGAGUGACGACAUGGCAUCUCGUGCCUAUUUCAAUAUUACAGGGACCAUGGCUCGACUUCAAUUAGAUCCAGUUAUCAAAGAAGACGAGGGAGCCUUUCUUUGUCGGGUGGACUUCCGUAUCGCUCGAACACGCUACUUAGAAGUGGGGUUAAGAAUAAUAGUUCCUCCAAAGAAACCAGUAGUAAAGAACGGAGCAGGUCAAAUCCAGCAAAGUUUAAUUGGUCCGUACAAUGAAGGCGAUUCACUUUGGCUUCAAUGCGAAGUCACAGGAGGAAAUCCACGUCCUAACCUUACCUGGUGGCGAGAAUCCGUACUGUUAGACGAUUCCUACGAAAUAAUAGACAAUUUUAUAAUUAAAAAUGUGAUAGAAAUUCCAGUGUUACAACGUCAUGACCUGAUGGCUACAUUCACUUGUAUGGCAAUCAAUAACGACAUCCUACCGCCUUCACAAUCUACAGUUGCUGUUGAUAUGAAUUUUAGGCCUCUUGAAGUGCAUAUUGAAGGAGAAAGACGCCCUCUAUUGGCUGGUAGGCCUGUCAAGAUAGAAUGCAGUACGGCAGGCUCAAGACCUCCUGCUGAAGUCACUUGGUGGAAGGAAGGUAUUCAGUUAAAAUCGGCGAAAUCUCUUAUUCCAGCGAAUGGUAACUCAACACUAAGCACUCUUACGUUUACGCCAUCUGCUGCAGAUGACGGCAAGAUGCUUUUCUGUUCAUCUGAAAACAGACAUAUUCCUGGAAGCACGAUAAAAGCCAGUUGGAAACUAGAAGUAAUAUAUAAACCGCUCCCCACUUUGCAACUAGGAAGUAAAAUACGUCACCUUCCAAUUCAGGAAGGAAGUGACGUAUACAUGGAAUGUGAAACUAGGGCUAAUCCACCAGUAACAAAGACUGGAUGGAAAUUUGAUGGUGAAGAUAUUUCAGCCGAUUACUCAGCUGAUUCACCCAUUUGCAAGCCUAAUCAAAAGAUACUAUAUGGUGGUGCUAUAAAUCGACCUGUCGAAGUAUCCUGUAACGUGGAAAGUGAUCCCGAUAACGUGACCUUCAUCUGGACAUUCAAUUCCUCCGUAGACAGUCGUAAGUUAUUGGACUUCAACACAAUUGGAACAUCUAGCAUACUCACGUACAUACCCAAGUUUAAAUCAGACUUUGGAAAGCUUAUCUGCACUGGAAUGAAUAGUGUUGGACUUCAGGUGGCACCAUGCGUUUUUUCUAUUGUACCUGCAGGACCCCCAGAACCUCUUGAAAAUUGCACUGUUACCAAUCUGACUCAAACCAUGAUAACAAUGAAGUGUGUCGAAGGUAAUGAUGGUGGACUUCGACAAAAUUUCUACGCAGAGGUUUUUCAUAAGGGCCUAAAUGAAUUAGCGACGAAUUUUACAACCCAAACUCCAGUAUUCUUAGUUGGCGGACUUAAUUCUGGAUGUUUGUACGUGAUAAAACUUUACGCCACAAACGCUCAGGGUAAAAGUGAUCCCUUUGUAACAAACAUUAAGACGUUACAAGGACCUGCAACUCAGUCUGGACGUAGAAGAAGAAAGUUUAGGGAGCAAGAUCUCAAAUAUUCCGAACCGCUAGAAAAAGAAUUAUUUGUCAGUGAAGACUUAUCUAAGGAUACAACAUGUGAAGAGAAGUGUCCUGAUGUAAUUCCAGAAAUGAAACACGUUGAAAUCACUGUCAGCGAUGCAGCGUCAUCUAGCGCCACUGAAAUACAUUUAUUCCCGGAAACUUCUUCUGGCCAAUAUCUUAUACAAGAUUCUUCCACGAAGAAACUAAGACAAUUGGAACGCCAAGCCGAUAGUUUGGUAGAAACAAUGGACUCGGGAAGAGCUCAGGUCCCACAGUGUUCCCAGCUUGGUGGAGAUUACCUUGAAUUGCAAACAGGAUACAGGGAAGAAGUAGCUGAAGUUUCAUUUGCUGUACCCUUCAGGGAUUUCCAACAGACUGAGGUUUAA